AUGAAGAGUGAAGAGUCACCCCAUAGAAAACAAAUGAAGAGUGAAGAGUCACCCCAUAGAAAACAAAUGAAGAGUGAAGAGUCACCCCAUAGAAAACAAAUGAAGAGUGAAGAGUCACCCCAUAGAAAACAAAUGAAGAGUGAAGAGUCACCCCAUAGAAAACAAAUGAAGAGUGAAGAGUCACCCCAUAGAAAACAAAUGAAGAGUGAAGGGUCACCCCAUAGAAAACAAAUGAAGAGUGAAGGGUCACCCCAUAGAAAACAAAUGAAGAGUGAAGGGUCACCCCAUAGAAAACAAAUGAAGAGUGAAGGGUCACCCCAUAGAAAACAAAUGAAGAGUGAAGGGUCACCCCAUAGAAAACAAAUGAAGAGUGAAGGGUCACCCCAUAGAAAACAAAUGAAGAGUGAAGGGUCACCCCAUAGAAAACAAAUGAAGAGUGAAGGGUCACCCCAUAGAAAACAAAUGAAGAGUGAAGGGUCACCCCAUAGAAAACAAAUGAAGAGUGAAGGGUCACCCCAUAGAAAACAAAUGAAGAGUGAAGGGUCACCCCAUAGAAAACAAAUGAAGAGUGAAGGGUCACCCCAUAGAAAACAAAUGAAGAGUGAAGGGUCACCCCAUAGAAAACAAAUGAAGAGUGAAGGGUCACCCCAUAGAAAACAAGUGAAGAGUCACCCCAUAGAAAACAAAUGA